AAACAAAAUAUGUAGGAUAGCCUUGGGUUCUGACAACCUCUGAAGAAGCAUCUCAUCCAUCCGCAUGAAGAUUGUGAAAUAGACCGACCUGUACCUCUCUCCCCAUCCACAUCGCGAGAACGACUGAGCUGUCGCGAACGUAAAAUCAAUAUGCCGUGGUUGUUCGGAAGCAGCAAAAAACAUAAAUCCAAACCUAAGCGCUCGUCGCGAAGGAGCGCUAGACCAGUCGAAUAUGAGAACGAGCCGACAUACUCAUCCUAUCCCCCUCAGUACUCGACUGGGUAUCAUUCGUCGUAUCAAUAUGAACCAGCUCCUUCUAGCAGGCCGUAUCUCACUUCCUUGCCACCGGAGCUCAAAUACAACAUCAUGGAGAACCUUGAUCCAGUAUCGUCAGCUUGCCUUGGCCUGAGUAGCAAGACUUUGUAUCCGUACCAUCGCAAAUCUCACAGGAAAGUCGGUUUAUUCGAAUCCAGUCGUGAACAUCCAUUGCCACUCUGCUUUUCAAUGAGAGUCCCAUCGCACCUGGUGCUCGACUGGGAGUCGGAGAAGUUUGUGACGAGAGAGAGACUCGCUGAGCUUGAAUCGAAGCGGAGAAAAGAGUCUCGAGAUUAUUGGGAUGCGAAGAAGAGGACCUAUGAGGACUAUGAGGGAAGGCGAGGCCAUGAUCGAGGGCAUGGACGCCAUGAGCGCGGCCAUGAGCGCCAUCAUGAGCGCCAUCAUGAGCGAGCGUAUGAUCGCGAUUAUGACAGCAGAUCCUAUUCUAGGAGACGAUAGAGCACUUGCAUAGGGAGGGAGCAUUGACAUUGCGACGGAGUACGAGAAGGGGGUUCGAUAUAGAAAGGGAAUCAGGGAUUGUGCAUUGGGUUUUCAUUGGGCAUUGAUUGCCGAGCUUUCUUUCUGUAUACUUCAUAACUUUCCUCUCCACUGUUCAAUACUGUCGCACUUGGUUCUGGAAAUCAAAUUGCAGCAAGGGCGGCUUCUUCUUGUAAUGACCUUGCUCAAGGGAGUCAGUUUUCUUUUCAUGGGCGUUCAGACAAACGAUUGAGAGUGAUAUGAAAUAAUUCAUUAGUGAGGUUCGACCGACAGUUGGCAAAACGGGAGCUUUACACACUGCAAAAUGUCCGAGUCAAGAGGAAUAACAUCGGUUCUUACAUGCGCCGC